AUGUUACCUACUACAAUCGAGGAGCUACGACUGCAAGUUCUUCGGGCUUCUCUGGAGCCCACAUUCUUCCAACUGUCAUCGAUGAGUCCUUUGAAGACUCGCGAGUUGCCACCCGUCUUUAUAGUGCCUGGACUGCUUCCAAAGAAAUAUGUCGAAAAUUUAGCCGGCAACCUCCUCAGUCCGGUCUAUUGUGCCGACUUUUCAAUUAACGACUUAAAAAUAAACGACAUUUGUCUGUGCCUGGUUGACAAAAUGGAAAAUAUUUUACCAAAUGGACCCUUUAACAUCGUCGCUGUAUCGUGGGGUGGUGCUAUAGCUACUGAAAUAGCAAUAACGUUAGAGAAACGAGGUCACACAACCCAAUUAUACUAUUUGGACGGGGCCCCAGAAACCAUCCAAUCCACGCUUAGGUUAUUGGGAUCGGGUGUUAAGAAGGAAAUUGCAUUAGUUAUGAGAUUCCUAAAGGUUAAUGCUGAGAUUCUUAAUAAACUGGAGCGAUUGGCGAAUUGGGAUACUCGACUACAGCUUGUGCUAGAUUCCUUACAAUAUGCGAAAGAGGACAAGACAUUCCUUACGAAAAUACUCACGGUGCUGAAAAAUCGANGUCAUUAA